CCGCUGCUUUUAAUUUUGUCACUCUAUCCCAUCAAAUUGUUAGUCUGCAGAUCCAAAAUGACUGCUCAUAGGCUACUCUGCAGUGAACGCGUCCAAAAUGCCCCGAGCCCAACAAAGGCAAAGAGAGGCUACAUGAAAUCCCCCUCCUCCUGCAUAAACGAUUAGUCAUUGUCAGCGGUGACCUUUCAGUGAAACAAAUCUACUUUCAGUUCCACUUUAGUUCAUCAAACCUGCCACUGAACAACAGGAAGUGAAGUGAAACUUGAAGCUCAUCUUCAUACGUGAUUCUGCUUGAAAACAGGCUUGUUAAUGCUGAAAUGACUCUAUAAAUAAUACAUAAGAUUUUGUGGAUCAGAUAAGGUCCAGGUCUUUGCACUUGGCUGACAUUUGGCAUUUUUGUGGCCUGCUUGUGGUCCAGAUCUGGUAAACAGGAGCGGUCCACCCAAUUGCCAUCAUUCCUGCCACAUGUGGGCCAGAUCAUCAUCCCGCAUGUGCCAGAUGUGGGCCGGAUCUGGGCCGACACAAAGUUGCUAUCUGGGGGAAAUAGUGAAGUGUGUGGAGAUGUCUGUUCCUGGUCCUCAUGUGUUUCUGCUGGUCACCAGACUGGAUGUGAAAUUCACAGAGGAGGAGAAAAACACUGUGAAAUGGAUUCAGGAGAACUUUGGAGAAAAAGCUGCUUGUUACACCAUUAUGCUCUUCACUAGAGGAGAUCAGUUAAAAAUAUCUAUAGAGGGGCUUCUGUCAAAAAACAAGCAGAUUAAUGAGCUAGUCGAACAGUGUAAUGGUGGCUAUCGUGUUUAAUAACACAGAUGAAAAAAAUCGAUCACAGGUCACAGAACUGCUGGAGAAAAUAGACCGAAUGGUGGAGGAGAAUGGAGAAGAUCAUUACACAAAUGAGAUGUACCAGGAAGCUCAGAAAAAAAUAGAGGAAGAGGAGAGACAGAAGAGAGAGGAAGAGGAGAGACGGAAGAGAGAGGAAGAGGAGAGACGGAAGAGAGAGGAAGAAAAGAUAAAAGAGGAUGAAAGAAGAAGGAUAAAUGAUACAGCCCAAGCUGCAGCAUUUGUGGCAGUAGGUGUUGGAGCAGCUCUUGCUGGAGGCACAUUACUGGCUGCAGCUGGUGGUGCAGUGGUAACACCUGCAGCUUUAAUCGCAGUAGGAGCUGCUGUCACAGGAGGAUCAAGUGGAAAACUUAUUGUGGAUAAACUUAUUGUGGAUAAAGUUAAAGAUUGCGAGGAGCAGAAAAGAAGUGAAACAAAAAAUACAUAAAUCGAGACCCUCCAAAUAACCCCUUAUAUUCUAAUUGUAUAUACCAUUUGGCUUUAUCAUAUGGGCACAUUCUUUUAGCAUAUUUUGUAUGUUUUCAUGGGCGGUUUCGAUACUUCUCAGAGAAGCAGAUAGAAGCUGUUUGUCAUCUGAAGGUUUUAAAUCCAGUCACUGUCUUGUGUUGUGGAUGUCGUUAUUUUUUAUAUGUCACUAUGGUUGCAUGCGAUUGAUUUUUUUUUAAUAACCUUUUUUCCAGGCUUCUGAUUGACCAACAUGGCUUUACAGUUAGGGUUAUAUCACCACCUGUUUGUUUGGCAUGCUCUUGACAGCACUUCAUAGCGUGUUUUUAAUGUGGAUGUGAACGAAGGAGGAAAAACUCUGUUUAAAAAAUACCUGUGUACAUGUGGACAAGGCCUUAAAAUUGGACAAAAACAAUGAGACUGUUAUCGUCCCUAAGACAAUUCAGUGAUUUUGGGGUAAUGAGAUGUUCCUUUUGCUGCCUUUACGUGCUCUCUAAAUUAUCGUAAAUAUGAGUUUCCUUGGUAAAAAUUACACAUGAACGCCCAUUUCGAAUGCAAUGAGCUCACAAUCAUGACUUCUGAAGUGGGAAUUAUCAAAUUUAAGAUAGCACGUGAAGCAGGGCCAGAGUGGGACUCAUUUUCAGCCCUGGAGUUUCAUGCCUUAGACCGGCCCACUUUAAUUCCCGACUGACUAUAUUAAAAUAAUGUAAUUAAAACCUCAGUAUAUAAGUCUGCAAAUUGUGCACUGUUCUCUACAGCCUUGUAAUUAAUUGUAUUUUUCAAAAAUAUUAUUUCCAAUUCAGUGCAAAAAUGCUAAAAUUUGAUAUAGUCAUUUUUUAUUGUAUAAUAAUGAUUUUAUAACGUGAACCAUUGAUUAAUUCUUAAGCCAUCUAGUGACUGUAGUUAAAAAAUCAUGUUAUUGUAAUUUUUUUACUUUCCAUGGCAGCAAUGAUCCACUAAACCCAGGCACUUUUUUCAUGUCUAUCUCUUUGAAUGAAAUUGAGAAAUGUAGAUCUUUUUUAAAGUGGUUUUAACAUAAACAUUUUCCUCUUUUAUAUAAAUAUAUAUACUUACUAUAUACAAUUAUUACAAAUU